AGGAUGACCAGCAGCCACACAGACUGCCAUUUCUGCCUGCAGUCUCUGCGUGGCAGGAAAUAUGCACUAAGGGGUGAGAACGCUUACUGCGUCCCGUGUUAUGACAGCCUGUACGCCAACCCCUGCCAAGAGUGCAAGCUGCCCAUUGAGUGCAGCUCCAAGGAUCUGGCCUACAAAGGCCGCCACUGGCAUGAGGGGUGCUUCAGGUGUGCCAAGUGCAGUCGCUCACUCGUGGAGAAACCAUUUGCUGCCAAGGAUGAGGUCUUGCUGUGUACUGAGUGCUACUCUGAUGAGUAUUCAUCCAAAUGUUUUCACUGCCAGAAGACCAUUAUGCCUGGUUCACGUAAAAUGGAAUAUAAGGGAAGCUCCUGGCAUGAAUCCUGCUUUGUUUGCCAGUAUUGUCAGCAACCAUUGGGAACAAAACCAUUAAUCACCAAAGACAAUGAGAAUUACUGUGUGCCCUGUUUUGAGAAGCAAUUUGCUCACCAUUGUUAUGCUUGCAAAAAGGUUAUAACUUCUGGAGGAGUGGCCUACCAUGACCAGCCUUGGCAUAAAGAAUGCUUUGUGUGUGCUGUGUGUAACACUCAGCUGUCUGGACAAAGAUUCAUUUCCAAAGAUGAGUACCCAUACUGUGUAGACUGUUUCAGCAAAUUUCAUGCCAAGAAGUGUGCUGCUUGCAAGAAACCUAUUGCAGCUCUGGGAAGUGCCAAAUACAUCUCAUUUGAGGAGCGCCAAUGGCACGGGGAAUGCUUUAGCUGCACAAAAUGCUCUGUUUCCCUGGUGGGCCAGGAAUUCCUCACUCGGCAGGAUGACAUCCUUUGCCACAAAUGUGGCUCUGCUUCAUAGUUCUGUGGAAAGCUGUACAGCUGCAGUAUUCCCACUCUGUAGCAAGGUAGUUCAUUGGUCUGCUGUAAGAAAACCAGAUAGGAGGUACUAGAGUUAUUUAGUCAUUCAAGUAACUUUCCAACAGGAGUUUAACAUCAUCAUAAUUCUCAAUUUCUUAUAAACAAAAAUUAAACAACUGCCCCAUACUGGUUAAUAAAACAAUGCAGAAAAGAUUUGUAUAUAUUUUAA